AUGCUGCUCUCGACAGUGCCGUUGCAUUUGUCAAUCCCUUGGGCAACCCAGGAAGACUUCGCGAAUGAGGUGACAAAGGCGGCAGAAAAGAAAGCCCGAAAGGAAGACCGCCGAAGGAGACUGGCGGAGGCGAUCACGAAAGCGACGGACAAGCACCUCCUGGAGGCCCCAGCUUUGCUAAGAAACACCAAGGGCAAAGUCGACUCCAAGUUGAAUCCGAAUGCCAGCGAAUUUGUCCAGUGUCCAGUUCGUGCCCAGGUUUUGGCUCUCAUGGAAGAUGCCGCUGCAGUGGGCCAGACAGACAUUGACUACGCAAUGGAGAAGAUGAAAGGAGUCAUUUGA